CUUUUAUAUACCAUUCUUGCAGCAUUACAAAUACAAAGUCUUUCCAAGUCUUGUUCAAUCUCACAUACCAUGUCUACUUCACUAGCACCGCCCAUCAUCCAACCUCCUGCCUCUAACCCUAACCCUACUUUCACCAACUCCUUAACCUACACGAUUUGCGAUGAUCUAGGGUUCGAGUUUCUGGAUUAUCUUUCCUUCGGGGAUCAUCAUCAGCUGGAGGAUCAUGAUUAUACAUGUAACUUCAUCACUUCAGCUCAUGUUGCGCAAGCCCCGCUCAUCCUGCAGGAGAACAACACGAGUGCGGAGAGUUCGCUGAAUUCUAAUCAUGAUGACAUGGAUAUUGGUCAUCACGUGUUGCCAACAAAUAAAUGUAGCAAAAGGAUGAAGAGAUCGGAUAAGAGUGAUGAGAAUGGGGGCUCGAGAAUUGCGUUUAGGAUCAAGACGGAGCUUGAGACAUUGGAUGAUGGAUAUAAGUGGAGGAAAUAUGGGAAAAAGAUGGUUAAAAACAACCCUAAUCCAAGGAAUUAUUACAAGUGCUCGAGUGUAGGUUGCAAAGUGAAGAAACGAGUGGAAAGAGAUUUAAAAGACUCCAGCUUUGUGAUUACAACUUACGAAGGAAUUCACAAUCAUGAAACUCCUCAUGCUUUUGUCUAUUACAAUACCCAAAUGCAGUAUGAUUAAUCAACUCCUAAUUAUAAUAUUUCACUCGUCGGGAUAUUAUUGACUUAGGUAUGUUGACAGAUGAAACGAAAGCUGUGUUUGACGCGAUAUUUGUGGAUUAAGUUGAUAGGCAAAAGAAGGGUGCCCUGAAUCUCUAAAACAACUUCAUUGGGUCGCCUUAUAUUUGGAUCCUUUGACAACAAUUUCUUGCACUGGGACUACACUUUUCAUGUGAAUUGAUAGAUAAAUUGAUGUUGUACAACAUACAUUACUAACUUCCUAUUAUGUUAGUCUUCAUACAUGAAAUCUAUCGAUGAUUUAUACGUUUUGCGUUUUACAA